CUGCUCCCCCGCCGCAUGCAGGCGCGCCGCGCGGUGAUAAAUUGGUUUUAAUUUCAUUCCUCGAUUCCGAUCGAACAAUCCGUCGACUGUCGCGUGGAGAGUGGAGACCUGCGGGCGGAGCAGGAUCGGAUUGUCAUUCUAUUUCUCCGCGGCUGCCAUGGCGUUCAUCGAGGAGAUGGAGUCGUACUACGUCCCCUAUCUCCGCGCCCACCUACACCAAUUCGCAGCGUCCGUCUCCACGGCGAGCUGCGAGGAGGGGGCGGGCGACGACGAGGAGUGCCGCGACGAGGCGGCCGCGCUCAGGCUCAAGAUGGUGGCCGUCGCCGCCAUCCUCAUCGCCGGCGCGGUCGGCGUCGCCAUCCCGCUCGUCGGCCGGAGGCGUCGCCGCGGCAGCGGCGGCGAGGGCGCGUCCUCCGGCGGCGGGACUUUCGUGCUCGCCAAGGCGUUCGCGGCGGGGGUGAUCCUCGCCACGGGGUUCGUGCACAUGAUGCACGACGCGGAGGAGAAGUUCGCGGACCCGUGCCUCCCGGCCACGCCGUGGCGCCGGUUCCCCUUCCCGGGCUUCAUCGCCAUGCUCGCCGCGCUGGGGACGCUCGUCAUGGAGUUCGUCGGCACCCGCUUCUACGAGCGCAGGCACGGCGAGGAGGCCGCCGCCGCCGCGGCCACUGCUGACGACACCACUGCGCUGCUCGAGGACGGCACACUCGCAGGGAUUGCUGCCGCCGCGGUGAGCGGAGACGACGAGAAGCAGGACGCCAUGCAUAUCGUGGGCAUGCGAGCGCACGCGGCCGCGCACCAGCACAGCCAUGCGCAUGGACAUGACGCGUGCGAUGGAGGAGCCGUGUACGACGCCCACGCCCACGCCCACGCCCACGGCCAUGGCCACGACCAUGGGCAUGGGAGCGAGGAGAGGCCGUCCCAAGCUCAUCAUGUGGUUGUCUCGCAGAUUCUGGAAAUGGGGAUUGUAUCACAUUCCGUGAUCAUCGGGCUAUCCUUGGGCGUUUCGCAGAGCCCGUGUACCAUUAAGCCUCUUGUUGCUGCCCUCUCCUUCCACCAGUUCUUCGAGGGUUUUGCCUUGGGUGGCUGCAUUUCCGAGGCUCAGUUCAAGAGUUUCUCGGCGCUCCUGAUGGCUUUCUUCUUUGCUAUCACAACACCAGUUGGGAUCACUGUCGGGGCGGGGAUCGCGUCGUUCUACAACGCCAACAGCCCCAGGGCAUUGGUAGUGGAGGGUAUUCUGGAUUCAGUUUCAUCUGGUAUACUGAUCUAUAUGGCAUUAGUGGACCUCAUUGCUGCUGAUUUCCUUAGCCGGAAGAUGAGCUGCAAUCCGAGGCUGCAAGUGUGCUCAUACGUUGCCUUGUUUGUUGGGGCUAUUGCCAUGUCAUCACUUGCUAUCUGGGCUUAGUGCCAGUGAGGAUUCUUGAAGAGUGGGGUCUAGGCGUUCAAUGCACUACGACCUGUUGCCUAGCUACCGGUAACUGAGUAAGAUGGAAGGCCUUUUCUUUCUCUGUCCAUUCUUUUGUUUGUUCUUCUCAUGGUGCUGGGCCGUGUAAUGUCCAAAGAAAAGGAAGUCCCUCUUUGGGGUACAUUGUUGCGGUAAAGAAUUGGGACAAGUUAGUUAGGUAAUAAAGAGUUUUUGAGUCCCAACAGUCUUUGCAAAUGUACAGUCCAUCCUCGGUGUUAGAUAAGCGGACUUGUCUGUUCUCAAGUAUAAUCUUACACAUACAUCAAUGUGGAUCUCCUGAAAGUUGCUUCAACUGUUCGAAUACAAUGGCAUGUGCUGUUUGAAAUGAGGAUGGUUAUGAACUCACGCCCGACUCUUUUGCCGCACCUGUUAGAACUAUUUUGGUUGUAUAUAUGGAAUGAAGGUUACUGAUCUUGCCCAACUUAGGCUGUGUUUGGUUGAGCUGCAGAUUCUAAAAAAGCUGCCGUAGAAAAGCUGUUGUGGAGAAGCUGCUGUGGAAAAGCUGGAAGCUGAGAAGUUGGGAUACCCCAGCUUUGAAAUUUACACUAGGAAGAAGCUACAGAUUCUCAAAAGCUGCUUUUAACAUUUACCCCUUUGGUUAGCUUUUAGCUUUUCAAAGCAGAAGUUGGUAAAAAAAGCUGAACCAAACACAGCCUUAAAUACCAAUCAUAUGAACAGCGAUAUGAUGCAGCAGAAAUUCUUUAUCCUUUAUCCUUUUUGUAACUGAAGCAGUUUGCUGAUACUGUUGUUGCUGGGCUGCAGAUUCAUUUGUAAACCACAAUUAAUAAUGUCGACAUACAGCUCAUUCAUCUAGCUAUGUCUCUACUUAUAAUAAUGUAGAUUUUUCCUGA